UCUCUUGGUAAGGUCUCCCACAGGAUGUUGGUCAGCAGAAUCAAGGUACAUGCUACUCUAACGUACGACACCUUGAGGUUUGGCGAUUUUGAAGAUUUUCCAGAAACAACAGAGCCAGUUUGGAUUUUAGGAACAAAAUACAGUGCACUCACAGAUAAAGAUGAGAUCUUUUCAGAUGUCACCUCACGGCUCUGGUUUACAUACAGGAAGAAUUUCUCUCCCAUUGGUGGCACAGGACCGACCUCUGAUAAUGGCUGGGGUUGCAUGUUGCGAUGUGGUCAAAUGAUCUUUGCCCAGGCGCUCAUAUGCAGACAUCUGGGUCGAGAUUGGAGAUGGGUAAAUGGGAAACAGCAAAGAGAUGAAUAUUAUAAUAUAUUGAAUGCUUUUCUUGACAAAAAGGACAGCUACUACUCCAUUCAUCAGAUAGCUCAAAUGGGAGUUGGAGAAGGAAAGUCGAUUGGUCAGUGGUAUGGUCCAAACACUGCAGCACAAGUAUUGAAGAAACUCACAUUCUUUGACAACUGGAGCUCGUUAGCAGUUCAUGUGGCGAUGGAUAACACAGUAAUAAUUGAUGACAUCAAAAUGUUGUGCAAGUCUGAGAGUCCAUGUGCGGGGGCAGCAGCAGCAGCAUUCCCUCCAUCUGUUGGUCAAAGGCCAUUCAAUGGGUAUCCAUCAGGUGCAAAUUGCUCAGAAGACACAUUAGCGUGGAAACCACUAGUGUUACUAAUACCUCUAAGAUUGGGACUCAGCGAGAUCAAUGAAGCAUACAUCAAAACAUUGAAGAAAUGCUUCAUGAUGCCACAAUCUCUUGGAGUCAUCGGUGGCAAACCCAACAGUGCCCAUUAUUUCAUCGGAUAUGUAGAUGAUGAGCUAAUCUACCUUGAUCCACACACAACACAGCCUGCAGUGGAGCCAUUUGAUGAUUUCUCUAUACCAGAUGAGAGUUUCCACUGUCAACAUCCUCCUUGUAGGAUGAGCAUCUGUGACUUGGACCCAUCCAUCGCUGUGGGCUUUUUCUGCAGCACAGAGGAGGAUUUUAAUGAUUGGUGUAAACGAAUGAAAAUGAUUUCACAAGAGAAGGAUGCGUUACUGAUGUUUGAAUUGAUGGAUUAUCAGACUGCUCGCUUCCCUGAUGUCCACUGUCUUACUCCUGAUUUUACAGAUUCUGAAAGACUGGAACGAUUCUUUGACUCUGAAGAUGAAGAUUUUGAAAUCCUCUCAUUAUAAAACAAGACAUUUCCUGAAUUCAGUUUUCUGAGAGCAAGGUGUUUGGUGAUUCUCAUGCUGCCAGUAUUCUGAAGGAUUGGCAAAUUGGCACAGGUUUCAUUAAAUCAUGUUAUUACCAUCAGUGCACUGGGAUACUCAGAAGGUGCGCACUCUUCUGGACCCCUCUGAGAAAAUAUAUCCCUCAUCUGUGAGCUCAUCAUCCUUCAGACUAUUUGAUGACUAAAUGCAAACCUGACUCUGCUUUACCAACACAUCAUAUUUAUCGUGUUCUUCAGCAAAUUUUUGUUGUACUUUAGGAGCAUACUGAAGGACAUAAUUUGAAAGCUACUGGGGUUUUAUCCAGCAGCUUGUUUGUCAGCAGUCCUGCAGCAAGAAUGGAGUCCUGUUGAAGCAACAGAAAAUAAGUGGACAAGAUUGCAGACUGAUUGGAUUUUCUCCUCUUGUGAUGUCAAAGGGACUUGUAUUAAACCACCUCUCUUCAUACUGAGUUGGGUUAAUUAAACCCACAUUGAACAGAGAAUUGUAGGUAAACCUGGGCUUGUUAACAGGUAGACGUGUGGGAGGAUUUUCCUUAAAGGAUGCAAUUAAUGGCUUCCUGUAUAAUUUCGGGAAAUUUUAUUUUCUUUCUAAUGACUCUCUGCCUUUUCAGCUCUAUUACUGGCUUUGAGAUGCACUAACUUGACCACCCUGCGUUUCCAGACUGUUUAGCAAGAAGAAAAGGCUGUGCUGUAUUGUAUUAUCAGUUGAGCUGCUCAAGGGCAACUUUGGGAUACAGAGGGAACAGCUCAGUGAUGUGUCUACCACUGAUCCUAGAAUCAGGUUUAGAUCUUAACGUGUUGGACUUGAUCAAAUUCAUUUGAGGACCAAAUGUCAUGCAUCAGUCCUAUGAAGCAGAUUACUGAAUUAUAAUCAAUGCAGGAGCAUAACGCUAUGUUAGUUCAGUCUACUGGAUGUCAGUUUCACCAUGCCUGCAUUUAGCUAAUUAAAAUGAAUGAUGCUAUUGAACACAUGGGCACAAGUUGAUGUCUGUCCAAAUAUAUUUGUUCUUACUAUAUUUGAAAAUUCUGUAAGUGCUAUGCCAGGGUGUUCGCUGUGACAGAUAUCUUAUGAUGGACUCCAUACUCAUAUGUUUGUUAGAGGGAGGUUAUUUGCUGCUCAGUUAAACAGUAGGUGUAGUAAAGCACAAUAGUAAAUAGCAUUUAUAGAACCAAAGAACAAUAGGUUGCCAUUAAACCCAUAAAAUAUUUCAGUUAGCCACUUUAUAUAAUUAACACUUAAGAUUGUGAACUGUUUCCAAGUGUAUGAAGUAUAUUUGCUGUUGUUGACAUUGUGAUUAUAUCAGCUGAUUGAGUUAUUGAAACAAUGUAUAAAAACAUUCAAGCAAAUACGUAUGUGUGUUAUAGGGUAGGAUACAGAGAGCAGUAAAGAAUAUUACAACAUCUUUAGGCACUAAAUUCUUUUAGUCAGUCCUCCCCAAGUUACUAACUGUCAUAGAAGACGUUGGUGCUGGUUAUCUGCGUUUUAAUAGGAUUGCCAUGGUUUUGUCAAGAUUGACUGCCAACAGUUCGUUUAAUACUGUACAGGUAAUAAAUAGGUUUAUGGGAAUUUGGUCAUGUUCUCAGUUUAAUCGAAAAGGUACAAUUACUGCAGCAAAGGAACAGUUCUGCCAGUGUGCUGAAUAGUUGAUUGUGAACCAUGUUUAAAUAGCACCUAUUUUGAAGAGGCUGAUAAAUGGACUGCUGAAAAUAUAAUGUAUCUGAAUAAAUUGUUUUAAAUAACA